CAAACAUCUCACUUCGUCCUAGACAAGAUAACUGGGCAUGUACGCUCCACUUCUUCCUCGAUCGCAUCUUCGCGUGCAAUUUCGAAUUCCCUUCAGACAAUUCGGAACCAUUCGUCGGGGAUGAAGGUUGCCCUGGAUGUGACAUGUGACACGCUCGUGAACGGAAAGUGUAAUCGUUCGGAAGGUGUGUCCUUUAUAUUUCUGUGAUUUGUAUCUACGAUAAACGCGAUGAUAACGGUGUCUAUAAAAGUGUCUUCGUAAAUUUCACCGGACAUUUGGAUGCGUUCGAAGUUGCUUCAGAGGGUCCGUGUACACGUGUCACAGGAUGGAGGAGGCGAAGGAAACUGAAGCCGAUCAAUCGAUCGUUGCAACCUUAUCGAAAAGCAUGGGAUUUCAACGCAUCGACAUCGUGUUCGAUCAUCCUCAGCAGGUUUAUUACAGUGGACAGCACAUUUCGGGAAAUGUUCAUCUAGAUUUGGACGAACCUGUGAACGCUUUGGGAAUUAGGCUUAAAUGCAAAGGUGAGGCUCAGGUGUAUUUCACGGAUCGAUCAGCCGGCAUACGACGUAAGUUUUCGGCGUUCGAGAAUUACCUUCACGUGGAAACUUAUCUCGUAGGUGAUGGUAAAGAAAAGUCUAUGAUAACUGGCGGCGUCUAUCCGUUCAGCCUGACGCUUCCGGAGAAUCUGCCGUGCAGUUUCGAGGGCCGAUACGGACGUGUACGGUACUCGAUUAGGGCAUUGUUGGACGUAACGACCAUUUAUCGGUUUUCCACCAAUAUUAUUCCAUUCACGGUGGCGCCCAUUCUUGACCUUAAUCGAGAUCCCCUCGCUCCUUUGCCUAUAAGCAUUCAACAAUCUAAGGUAUACAUGGGUCAGACGGAAGCUCUCAGUAUAUCCAUGAUACUUCCGGUACACGGUUACGUUCCUGGUCAGACUAUACCCAUAAGGAUAAACAUGGACAACCAAUCCACAGUCGCACUUAAGAAAAUCAGAAUCGUUUUGAAAAAAGUGGUGACUUAUCAUUCCACGGAAAAGUCUCGUAAGCACAAAGAGAUCGUAGUUGAAGUAGAACAGCCUGUUAGUAGAAAUUCUGACACGUACGACGUCACGUUUGACGUUCCUGCAGUACCACCCACAGGGAUGAUCCACUGCAACAUCGUCGACGUUCUGUAUACGCUUAAAGUCGAAGCCUGCGUAGACGUGAGCGAGUGGUACUACAGAAUGUUUCAGAAGAAUUUGAAGCUACGCACGAGUAUAGUAAUCGGCACUAUACCGAUUCAAACUUACGAGACUCCGCAAAAAACGGCCAACGUGACGGAGGAUUCGCAGUUUCAACCGUUGCGUACAAUGGCUAUGGAUGAAUACGGCAACGACACGUCUUCGCUGAAAAACGCGGACAGAGAGAGAACUGCAAAACCGAGUUUGUCUCUGCCAUUGUACGAGAAAAGUCAAAUAUAUCGAUCCUCGAAACCGGACAGAGAUGAUCCCACGGGAGACGAAGGUGACAGCGACGGAGAAGUUACACCGUAUUCGCCUAUGUAUCGUGUGUACAAAUUUAAAUCAUCCCAAAGGAGGAAUAAUUAGAUUGUUGAUUAUACACAUAUAAUUAGAAAGGGCCUUGCUUAAUUGUACGCUGAACGUUGAUGUUCCUUAACGGUGUCUAUAACGGAUCAACAGAUACGUCGAAGACGAAUUAUUGAAAGUAAAUUGUUGCCAGGGCUGGCCCUGAGAUUUCGGAGUCCGAGGCUUCACAUAUAUGACAUAAAAGAAAGUACCUCAAAUAAAAUUUAUAAAAUUAACAUUAAAGCUUGUAUAACUAAUUUAGAUUCGCAUUUACAUCGAUUAAUACUCAAGUAAACGGAAAAUCGUCUUAUGGGGGCCCUGGACUUUGGGGGGCCUAGGCCCAGGGCCGGCCCUGAUUGUUGCUUCCAAAUAUAGGAUAAGCUAUACUAAUUUUGGCAUUUUUAAUUAAAUUCUAUUAUUGACACUUCAAUCACCCUGCCCAGUGUGCCAAUUAUUAAUCCCUGCAAUCAUUUUACUUCUGUUUGCAAUAUAUUUUUCUAUUUCUUUUUCCUUUGACCUUUCUAAUCAAUUUUCACAUUUAUCUGAUUUUAUAAGAUCUAUCUUUAGUUUAAAGUGCCAAUUAUUGUAUAGCUUAUCCUAUUAUAAAUGUUACUCAAGUGUAUACACGAAUAUUACGUCCAAUUUGCGCUCUACGAUCGACCGGUUGCCUUCAAUUCUGCCUUUAGUUUCUUAUUUCCUUAUACAAACGGAAAAAAGGGAUUACUAUAAUGAAAGGAAGACCGAGUGAGAUAUUGAAAUCCGUUGGGACCAACCCGUGCAAGCUAAGUAAAUUCUGUAAUUACACGAGCCAAUUCGUGACGAAAGUUAUUCUAAUAGUAAUUGUUCCCUCCGAUACAACUGAAAGUUUUAUGAAAAAUGUAUUGCGAUAUG